UAUUUGGGAAAGAGCAGUGUUGAGUUAACGCUCGAGUGGAGUGGAGCUCCCUUCCCUCUCUCCCUUCUUCCCUUCCUUCCUUCAGUCCCUCCCCUGAGAGAACACAUCCAUGAUGUGCUCUCAAAGAUUCAGCUCUUAAGCUCGGCGGUGUUUGCCUCCACCCUCGGCGGUGUUUGCCCCCACCCUCGGCGGUGUUUGCCCCCACCCUCGGCGGUGUUUUACCAAAGUGUUAUAUUAUCGGGCUGCUUGAUUUUCCACUGAUAUACAAAGACACAUUCAAAUGAAACCACACUACAACUACGAAGACAAGACUCUGGCUGUGUCCUAAAUGGAAACCUAUUCCCUCUUUAGUUUGCUGCUUUUGAACAGACCCGGCCCAGUGCCAUUUUGGAUGCACCGUCUCUCCCUUCUGUUGGUCAGUGUCUGUGUGAUGUAUGAUGUCACGGUGUUAAUGUUUGAUCUGUUUGUGGUUUGUGUUUUGUAGCUCAGUACUUUGCCAGCACCAUGAUGAUAGUGGGUCUGUCUGUAGUGGUGACUGUUCUGGUCCUGCAGUUUCAUCACCAUGACCCUCAGGGCGGAAAAAUGCCCAGAUGGGUCAGGGUAGUGCUGUUGAACUGGUGUGCUUGGUUCCUGCGUAUGAAACAGCCGGGCGAGGAGCGUAAACCAGCAGGCUACAAGUACCGCCACACUCCACAGCACCACUCCAGCGCCAGCUCCAUCGAGAUGGGACCCAUGGGCACCAUGACGGGCCUCACCACGCCCCUCUCCCAGGCCCCCUGCGCCACAUGCCCCACCGGCACCUCCAACGGCAGCAUGAGCCUCUACUUCAGCUACCAUGCCAUGGAGAGCCCCCGUUGCCCCCCCUCCAGCGAUUCAGGCGUGGCGUUGGGGGGGCGGGCCCAAGGGACCCCCUGCGAGGAGGCUGAGCCCCCAGGGGGAGGUGCUGGAGGAGGAGGAAGGGGGUUGAUCUUUACUCCUCCUCCGGAGGUCCUUCAGAUCCUGGAGGAGGUGUCGUAUAUUGCCCAGCGCUUCAGGGACCAGGAUGAGGAAGUGGCGAUCUGCAGCGAGUGGAAGUUUGCUGCUGCCGUGGUGGACAGACUGUGUCUGGUGGCCUUCACUCUCUUCUCCAUCGUCGGCACCUUCACCAUUCUCAUGUCUGCUCCCAACUUCUUAGAGGCCGUCACCAAGGACUAUUUAAAGAAAUAGUGUCAAUAUGUUCAACCAUAUAUGCCAGUUUCCCGGACACAGAUUAKGCCUAGGGCCGGACUAAGAACCACUUAGCAUGCUUUUUAGUACACGACUAGGCUUUCUCUGUGUAUGGGAAACCAACCUUAUGUUCUAUCCAGAUUACUCUGGAGUAUAUUUGAGAAAAAUUGAUUUCAUGUAAAUAGAUGUAUACUGUAGAUGUAUCAAUGCAAGGGUUGUCCAUAGUCCCUUUCCUCUCCUUCGAUCCAGRUUAACUGAGGUUGUUCCUGUGUGUUGCCUUGCCAUCCAGAUAUCUCAUUAUAAUAUCAAAUCGCCGUUUGAACUUUGGAUUCCUGGACCUCCAAUCCACGACCUUUAGAACUUUGAACUGUCUUGGACGUUCUGGACUGUUGUCAGCAUUAUGUAGUGUGGUUAAGGUAACUGUCUAUAUACAGAGAUGUUUCACUGUGACUUUAUGAGCUUCUUAUUGUUUUUUGACUGUUUUACUUUCACUAUAUUGUAAGUUUGUAUGUACACACCGUUUACUUUUUGAUGGUCGAAGCUAAAUAGCAUCUAACUCUGUCACGGUUGUAGAAGUGAUGUGUUCUCUUGGUCCCAGUUGACAUUGUUGUCACGGUAGUAACUGCUUGACGUUGACGGUGCCWCUGUGAAAACCUGGAAUGAUUCAUAGACAGAAUAGUGACAUCGUCAUGUAAGACUCACCUGCACAUUAGAAGAGGAAUCGGCCUGCAACAACCUGAAACAACAAGAGCUAUUGAAACAAGCAACUGGACAAGUGGAUACUGAAGAACUGCACUGGCUGCUAGCCUGAAWCAACUCCUGCUYAGACUGGGCCUGUGCUAAUAUGGACACGUAAUCCCACCAUAUAUUGGAGAAUUACUGUAGAUCCAUUAUUGAUCCAUUAUCCAUCUGUUAUCAUUAGUAGGUGUAAUCAGUUUAUAUGACAUAAAUGUAUCUGUGCUGCAUAUAGGGGAAUGGAUAUGGUGGUGUUACAUUAACAUGGAGGAUCUCUGUGUCUGUCUGUUGUGAUGAUAUCUAACCUAAAUGUAAAGGUUACAUGGAGAACACAACAACCCCAGGGAGGUUAUUAUGACUAAAGAUCAAGAUAUUCUUCCUGUUGAUAUUGAUUGAAACAUAAUGUGGUUUUACUAAUUAGGCAUAAAGACCAUGGUAUAUGGAAGCCCUCAGGCCAGACAGUCGAUAWUGUAAGUAACUGAACUAAACUGCCUGUCAUGUUAGAGAGUUAGUCCGUGCAUCUAUGUUUUUCUAUGAAUUAUCAUUGUUACUGUAUACUGAACAUACCCCCCCACCCCACAGUCAGAGUCCUCCUCUGUUGUAGCUGUUGUUGUCACACUGCUGUCCUCUUCUUCCUGUGAUUUUUUUGCUCUUACCUAAUAAAUAUCCCAU